CUCUUCCUCAUUCUCCUUUGCCGGACUCCGUCGCUUUCUAAUUUUCCAGUCGUUUAUAGAGUAAGAGAGAGAGAGAGAGAUGGUGAUUCCACCGGCAGUGAGACCACCACGUCUCUUCGACUACCUCAAACCUUACGUCCUGAAGAUGCACUUCACGAACAAGUUUGUUCACGCCCAAGUCAUCCACUCACCGACAGCCACAGUGGCUUGCGCAGCGAGCUCACAGGAGAAAGCAUUGAGAGAAACAAUGAGUAUCACGCGCGACGUGGCGGCUGCUUCAAAGAUUGGUAAAAUCCUCGGGGAGAGACUCUUGAUGAAAGAUAUCCCAGCUGUUACGAUUCACAUGAAGAAAGAGCAGAGGUAUCAUGGUAAAGUCAAGGCUGUGAUUGAUUCCGUCAGGGAAGCUGGUGUCAAGUUACUUUGAUGAUUAUUAUUUGCAACAAACAAUCCAUGAAACCAAAUCAGUUCCGAUCUUGUUGAUUUCGAACAUUGUUGUUUCUUCUUCAUCUUCAGGGUUGUGAAGAAACUUGUUCUAAAGAGAAUGAGUGUUAUAAGCUUUGACUAUUGAGAUAAUAAGACUUUAUAUCAAUUCCAUUUCUGAAAUUUUGACAUA